AUUCGCGAGAUCUUCGGCAAUUAUGGUCCCAUAAAAGACGUCAAGGUCCCCAUGAAUCAGCUCUACAACAUCAACCGCGGAACUGCCUUUGUUCUCUACGAGGAAGUCGAUGAUGCCGACGAAGCCAUCGCAAAGAUGCACGAGGCGCAGUUGGACGGUGCGAAGCUCAGUGUUUCCAUAGUACUCCCC